CACAAUUCCACUUGAAUAUGGUUGGAGCUCUUGGUGGCAUGGCCGAGCAAUCCGAUGACCCGGCUGAGCGCAGUCCGAGCACGGACCCUGAGAUGCCACCGCUGGUCCCAGUGGAGCCAAAACUGGAGCCGGCUGCAAGCAACGCACAGGCUUCAGCAAAAUUGGCACAACUCAACUUCUUGGCCACGCUGGGGCGUGCAAGAGGCGGUGGCGCUGGUCGAGCUCGUGGGCGUGGACGGCGCGCCAAGGUUGAACCUGAAAGCGGGCCUUCUCCACCGAUUUUCGUUGGUCCUGGGGCUACAGCCCCAGGUGCGUCACCUCAAACGGUGGACUUCAGCCGCCGUGCGGGGGAUCUUGCAGCCAUGUUGGACCAGCUCCCAGCACCAAGUCUCGAUGCCUCCGCCGAGGUUCAGCCUCCCAAGAAACCCAGACGUUGCUUCGACAAUGCAUUAGAAGAGAUCGAGGUCUCGGCGGAAGCAAGUGCGCGCGCCGCGGCCGAUCUGCAAGAAGACCAGCGCGUGGAUUUUCUGAAUGCCGCCGAGAGCGAUAGCGACAGCGCGGCGAUAGACGAGGAUGACGAGGAAGAGAGACCAGGCAGCACACCCACUGCUCCAAAGCAGCGCCACCUCGUCCGAGAGCUGCCUCCUGGCGCACCGAACGCACAAAGUGCCUGCGAGGAGGUGCUUCAUGCAGUGGCCUCGGCUGGAGAAGGCGCAGUGCCGCCUCUUCCAGGCGGUAGCUCCUUCGGGCCGCGCUUCAAAAAUCUCUCCAAGUCGGAGUUGCAAGCUGCGCGGCAGAAAUGGCAGUUGCACACCCUAGCAGGUGUCGAAACCAGCAGUUCUGAGCAGAACCGCCGGGCCGCUGAGGAGCUUUUCGCAGCGCUCCGAAGACGGGCAAAGUCUCCGUGCUCCGCUGACACUUCCAUGACGGCAGCGGACGCUGCAGUGGCUGCAGCUCCAAAGCCGGUGUUCCGGAAGCGGUCCAGUGUGCCAGAGGAGAGUUCACGGACCUCCGCGCGGCCAGAUGCGUUCACAACGCCAGGCACUCGCAUCCUUGAGGAAUGUGUGGCUGGCCGAGGCACCCGUCGCAAGGCUGACCCUACGGCCGUUCCGCCGGCCGUGGAACGGGCUGCGUCGAAGCGCCGCAAGGGAGUCUGCAUUGCUGAUCAGGAAUGAUGGCGAGCAGAUGAUGGCCCCAGUGAAAAAGAACGAACGGUUUCAGCGCAGCAUGUUGAUGCGUAUCGGUGUGGCAACGGUGCCGUUUUGGUUGGACACCGUCCUUGGCAAGGCGAGCUUAGAUUCUGCUUCCCCAGCUCCUUCCGUUGCUGUCGUUUUUGGCCUCCCUUUGACGAUGGUCG